AUGGACUUUUGUGAUGAGUUACUUAAGUUGAAUGAACUUGCUUCAGAAAGUAAAGGAAACUUGACUGGAAUAUUAGACAGUUUAUUGGUUUUUGACACUAGAAAUGAGAACUUCCAUUCCUUGAAUAACAGGUUUCCCGGUGGGUUCCUUUUAAUUUCCCAGCUUAAGGACUAUAACCAAGAAGAGGGUAUUAGUUCAGAACAACAAGGAGAUGUGGGGUCUCUUCGAACACAAAUUUUUGAUCAUCAAGAUUUUGAUUCUAUAAAACUAUGUAUUUGUCAGGACCUGAACUCAGCUAUGACUAGGAGUUGUUUACUUGGAUUACUUAAACAUUAUAGCCAAUUUAUUGGUAUCAAUUCAAAAAAGGAGCAAUGCGGAGAUGUCUCACAAGAAGUUGUUAUUUUCACUAUUAAGUACAAGUACAUGAUUUUAGAAUCAAACCUCAUUCCUCUGAGCUUUAAAGCUGUUAGGGAUCUUUUAUACAUUUUAGUUAUUAAACAAGUUAAGUUGAAUUCUAGAAUAGUCUUUUAUGUAGAAGAACAACAAUCAGAAAUUGAAUUAGGACCCAGGAAAAAAAGUCUGGUAUCAUAUAUUAUAUUGGAUCCAAAAGGAGAUGAAAGUUGCGAGUUUAAUGUCUAUACUGUUUGUAAUCCAACUGGAUUUUUAACCAAAAUAGAUUCUGAAGAAUCUUCUUGCAAUAAAGUUAAAAUCAGUGAAAUUAUUUCAAAUGAACUUGUAACUUCUUCCCUUUCUUCAGAUCAGGAUAAUUAUUAUGCUGUCUCCAGAUUCGAUAUCUAUUCCGAGUCCAAUCUAAUUGACUCUGAGACUCAAAAAGAAAAUUCUCCUCUUCUAAACGAUGAAACCAUUUUACAUAAUAAACUUAAUAGAUCAAAGUGCAUAAAUGUAUUUCCAGGAACGUGUUUUUCUCUUUUUGUGAGGUGGAAUUUGGAGAUUGACGAUGUCCUAUACCCAAAUAUACCAAAAAUUAACCCAACAAGUAUUGAUGAAGGAUUAAUUUUUCUAAAAAUAGACAUUAACAAAAUUAAAGAUCCAUCUUUAAUCUCAAUUAUUGAAGGAAUCAAUUUCUUAGAAUGCCUUAUUAGUUCUAAUUAUAACUAUGAAGAACCCAAUCUACAGAAUCAUGAUUUAUCUGAUUUAGAUACUCAAUUUGAAAGUAAAGAAUUACAUAUUAUUGCUCUGAAGUUUAUUAGGAGUCUAUCUGAAAUAUGGGGAUACUCUAUAAUGGAGCAUGUCGAUUUAUAUAAAGAAGAGAAAGAAACCAAUGCAUAUGUAGAAAAGGAUAAAUUUAGGCUUAAAGGCUCCCCCAAUGGAAGAAUUGAUGCGGACUAUACAGACUUACUUUGGGGCCUUUUAGUAAAUAUUCGAGAGGAAAAACUUAUAUUCAAUAUUGUUUUACUUUUGCUAGACGAGCUAGAGAAAUCAUGUAGCCAACAGCUUUACGAGAAUAGAUUUAUCCCUCAGGUGAGGAAUGAUAACACUACUACCUUCUCUAAACUGAUCAGAAUUGCUGUAGAUAUUUACAAAGGAAGUCAAUACUUGGGGAAGAGAUACGAAAGCUCCAAGGAAAAUGAAGGGUCCGAUUUCAAGGAGAAGCAUACUAUCUGGAAAUCAAUAAGAAACAAAUAUUUUGGGGAAAUAAAAACCUUCAGAUUUGUUUUAAUGGAAAUAGGUUUUGAGUGUAUAAUGGCGGAUAUGAAAAUGCAUGUUAGAAAGAGUGAGCCUCUGAUAGAUGACUCCAGCUUCGACUGGCAUUUGAAUAAUUUGUAUUCAGAGUCUAAACAACUUUUAGAAGAGUUUAACCUAUCUGAAUUAAAUCAAAAGAAUAAGGAAUUGCUUGGUAGGAUCAGAAAGCUUAUUCCUGUAUGUUAUAUUUCUAAUAUACUUAACACCUAUAAUUGCUCAUGGGACAUUUCGAAGAAACUAAUCAGAUCAAGUAUUAAAUACUACUCAAACCAGGAAAUUCAAGAAGCUCUUCCAACUAUCUUUUUGGUUCCUGUUUUUAACAAGACAGUAAUUAGUCAAAUGAUUUCUUCAAACUCACCUAAUCAAAUAGAGAUUUCGUCUUGUGAGACACAGGGGGGAAGUGGGAGAGGUAUUAUAAACCUUAACAAAGUAGACUCUAUAGAGCUUCCUAGCUUGGAUAGCGAAUUGAAUGAAUCUAUUAUAAAGUUGAAUAGGCUCCCGAUUUGUGUUUGGAAAACUCUUUCAGACUUAGAGGAAUCCAGACAUAUACCAAAUCACUAUACGAUUCAAAUAGAGAAAAGUUUAACUUAA